AUGAGUAAAGAAGGUAGAUCUACAUCGAGACCUCCACUGUUUGAUGGAACAAGUUAUCGAAGUUGGAAGAACAAAAUGGAAGCCUUUCUGAUGUUACAAGGUGAAGAUGUUUCUGAAGCUGUCGAGUCUGCAUGGUCUCAUCCUAUGAAGACCAUUCAAAAUGAAGAUAAUAUUGUCUCUCUUGUGAAGAAACCAAAAAGAGAAUGGACUCUCAAUGAAAAGGCUGCUGCAAUCGCCAACUCGAAAGCCUUGUUUUCGAUCUUCAAUGCUGUUGAUGAAACUCAAGCAAAGCUGAUAUCAAACUGCAAAGUUGCUAAGGAAGCAUGGGAUAUUCUUGAAAAUGCAUUUGAAGGGUCUGUGCAGGUUCGAGAAUCAAAGUUGGAUCAUGUAGAAACUCUGUUUGAAGCACUGAAGAUGAAUGAAGAUGAAACAAUUGCUGUUUAUCACAACCGAUUCAUGGAUGUUGUGAAUCAAGCUGAAGCUCUUGGUAUGCACUUUGAAGAAAAGAGACUGGUGAUAAAAAUGCUUAAAAGUCUCACAAAAAAUUUUAGGCCAAAGGUGAUUAUGCUCGAUGAACCACCUAAGCUGAGACACAUGACAUUGGAUGAACUAUAUGGUACAUUGGUAAGCUAUGAAAUGAACUAUCUUGAAGAUGAAGCACCCAAAAGUGUGGCUCUGAGUGCUGAAGACUUGGAGAUGAUUGAGUCUGAUGAAGAAAUGGCUCUGCUGAGUCGUAAGCUCUCUCGAAUGAUCAGUGAGAAACGAGCUGCCAAGCUAAAGUUUGGGAAGUUUCAAAACAGGAAUAGCUAUCAGGGAGGGGGUACUUCCAGCUCUCAGCAAAAGUAUCCUGAGCAGAAACCAACUGCAUACUGCAAACCGAAAGAAAGGUUCGAUGGUGGAUUUAAGAAGAAGUUUGUAGUGUCUGCAAAACCUGAGACGGUUCAAGAACCUAUCUGUUAUGGAUGUGGUGGUGUUGGACAUAUUAAAUCUGAGUGCCCAACAGUUAAGAAAAGGGAGAAGAGGGCAUAUCAAGCUACCUGGAGUGACAAUGAAGAUGGUGAAUCUGCUGGUGGUGAUGAACAGACUGAAAAUCAUGAAGUUGUUGCAUUCAUGGCAGAUGAUAAUGAUUCCAGUGAUGAAAAGACAGAAUCCAGUUCUAAAACUACUGAUGAGUCAAGAGAACUUGAUACUGAUGAACUGAUUGAGGCUUAUGAGGAAAUGGUUGCCGAGCAAAAGAAAGCUGUUGUAAAAAAUAAAGAACUUCUGGAUACCAUUUAUCGUUUGGAAGAUCAAAAGGAGAAACUUGAAGAUGAGCUUGAGAAGUUGACGAAGAUCAUUGAAGAAAAAUCUACUGAAUCAAAGGAAUUGAAAUAUGAUAAUCUGAAGUUGAAGAAUGAAAAUGAUAGACUUCAGAAAGGGAAUGAUAAAUUAGAUGAAGUCCUCUCAAUUGGUAAACCGUUUGGUGAUCACAAAGGAUUAGGCUUCUGUGAAUCCUCUCAAAGUAGACCAACUACGUUUGUGCGAGGUGGUCUGCUUACUGAUGUCAAACUUCCAGAAAAGAAAUCAACUCAAGUCUGGAAACAGAAUUCAAGAAAGAGAAGAAGCAGAAUCAGAAACAAAAACCACAGAGAAAUUCUGAGUGAGAAAACAAAGCUGUCACAACCCACUGACUAUAAGUACUGCAUGUAUCCAGGCCAUUCGGCUGUGAAGUGCUUGAAGCUGGCAAAAGAUGUUAUCAAUGGAAGACGGAUUCAAUGGCCUACUGAAGAGCUGAAACAUAACAUUAAGGUCAAAUUUGUAUGGAUACCUAAGGAGACUCAGAAACAGCUCGAGUGUAAUGUGAUCUUGUCAAGUCAAGAGUCUACCAGAGCUGAUCGAUGGUACUUUGAUAGUGGUUGCUCAAGGCACAUGACUAAUCAAAAGGGAAUUCUGAAGAAUUUUGUCGAAGACCGAAGUGGAGAAGUCAUUUUCGGGGAUGGAGCAAAAGGAAAGAUCAGUGGCUAUGGUAUUCUUGAAAAAUAA